AUGAAAGGUGGCAGCACCUCCGAACCCAUCGUGGAGCUAAUCGGCCUUCACACCCAGGCCAAGAUGGAGAAGGACGAGACGGAAGCCAACAUAAAUGAGAUGGAGGAGGACUUUAAAAAAGAGAACACAAGCUUAAGGAGGGAGCUGUCGAUUGCUCAGUCAUAUAUCGACCACAUGAAGGAAGAAAAUGCCAAGCUGACACAGAACCAAGUCAGAACCUCUGAAGUUCUCAAUGACCUAAUGGGCCUGCAGACCAAGGCAAAGACGGAGAAGGAGGAGAUGGAGGCCAAGUUAAAUAAGAUUGAGGAGGACUUCAAAGAAGAGAAUACAAGCUUAAGGAUGGAGCUGACGGAUGGUCAGUCAUACAUCGACCAUAUGAAGGAAGAAAAAACCAAGCUGACACAGAACCAAGUCAGCACAUCUGAAGUUUUCGAUGAGCUAAUGGGCCUUGAGACCCAGGCAAAGAUGGAGAAGGAGGAGAUGGAAGCCAAGAUAAAUGAGAUUGAGGAGGACUUCAAAGAAGAGAAUACAACCUUAAAGACGGAGCUGACGGAUGCUCAGUCAUACAUCGACCACAUGAAGGAAGAAAACGCCAGGCUGACGAUGAAGGAUGUCAGCACCUCUGAAGCCUUCGAGGAGCUAACGGGCCUGCAGACCCAGGCCAAGAUGGAGAAAGAGGUGAUGGAGGCCAAGAUCAACGAGAUUGAGGAGGACUCCAAAGAAGUGAAGACAAGCUUAAGGAUGGAGCUGUUGGAUGCACAGUCAAAUAUCGACCAUCAGAAAAAGGAAAAUGCAAAGUUGACGAUGAAGGAUGUCAGUACAUCUGAAGCCUUCGAGGAGCUAACGGGCCUGCAGACCCAGGCCAAGAUGGAGAAAGAGGAGAUGGAGGACAAGAUAACUGAAAUGGAGGAGGACUUUAAAAAAGAGAAGACAACCUUAGGGACGGAGCUGUCGGUUGCUCAGUCAUACAUCGACCACAUGAAGGAAGAAAAUGCCAGGCUGACACAGAACCAAGUCAGCACCUCUGAAGUUCUCAAUGACCUAAUGGGUCUGCAGACCAAGGCAAAGACGGAGAAGGAGGAGAUGGAGGCCAAGUUAAAUAAGAUUGAGGAGGACUUCAAAGAAGAGAAUACAAGCUUAAGGAUGGAGCUGACAGAUGGUCAGUCAUACAUCGACCAUAUGAAGGAAGAAAAAGCCAAGCUGACACAGAACCAAGUCAGCACCUCUGAAAUUUUCGAUGAGCUAAUGGGCCUUGAGACCCAGGCCAAGAUGGAGAAGGAGGAGAUGGAGGCCAAGAUAACUGAAAUGGAGGAGGACUUUAAAAAAGAGAAGACAACCUUAGGGACGGAGCUGUCGGUUGCUCAGUCAUACAUCGACCACAUGAAGGAAGAAAAUGCCAAGCUGACACAGAACCAAGUCAGCACCUCUGAAGUUCUCAAUGAGCUAAUGGGCCUUGAGACCCAGGCAAAGACGGAGAAGGAGGAGAUGGAGGCCAAGAUAAAUGAGAUUGAGGAGGACUUCAAAGAAGAGAAUACAACCUUAAGGACGGAGCUGACGGAUGCUCAGUCAUACAUCGACCACAUGAAGGAAGAAAAUGCCAGGCUGACGAUGAAGGAUGUCAGCACCUCUGAAGCCUUCGAGGAGCUAACGGGCCUGCAGACCCAGGCCAAGAUGGAGAAAGAGGUGAUGGAGGCCAAGAUCAAUGAGAUUGAGGAGGACUUCAAAGAAGUGAAGACAAGCUUAAGGAUGGAGCUGUUGGAUGCACAGUCAAAUAUCGACCAUCAGAAGAAGGAAAAUGCAAAGUUGACGAUGAAGGAUGUCAGUACCUCUGAAGCCUUCGAGGAGCUAACGGGCCUGCAGACCCAGGCCAAGAUGGAGAAAGAGGAGAUGGAGGCCAAGAUAACUGAAAUGGAGGAGGACUUUAAAAAAGAGAAGACAACCUUAGGGACGGAGCUGUCGGUUGCUCAGUCAUACAUCGACCACAUGAAGGAAGAAAAUGCCAAGCUGACACAGAACCAAGUCAGCACCUCUGAAGUUCUCGAUGAGCUAAUGGGCCUUGAGACCCAGGCAAAGACGGAGAAGGAGGAGAUGGAGGCCAAGAUAAAUGAGAUUGAGGAGGACUUCAAAGAAGAGAAUACAACCUUAAGGACGGAGCUGACGGAUGCUCAGUCAUACAUCGACCACAUGAAGGAAGAAAAUGCCAGGCUGACGAUGAAGGAUGUCAGCACCUCUGAAGCCUUCGAGGAGCUAACGGGCCUGCAGACCCAGGCCAAGAUGGAGAAAGAGGUGAUGGAGGCCAAGAUCAAUGAGAUUGAGGAGGACUUCAAAGAAGUGAAGACAAGCUUAAGGAUGGAGCUGUUGGAUGCACAGUCAAAUAUCGACCAUCAGAAGAAGGAAAAUGCAAAGUUGACGAUGAAGGAUGUCAGUACCUCUGAAGCCUUCGAGGAGCUAACGGGCCUGCAGACCCAGGCCAAGAUGGAGAAAGAGGAGAUGGAGGACAAGAUAACUGAAAUGGAGGAGGACUUUAAAAAAGAGAAGACAACCUUAGGGACGGAGCUGUCGGUUGCUCAGUCAUACAUCGACCACAUGAAGGAAGAAAAUGCCAUCCUGACACAGAACCAAGUCAGCACCUCUGAAGUUCUCGAUGAGCUAAUGGGCCUUGAGACCCAGGCAAAGACGGAGAAGGAGGAGAUGGAGGCCAAGAUAAAUGAGAUUGAGGAGGACUUCAAAGAAGAGAAGACAAGCUUAAGGAUGGAGUUGUCGGAUGCCCAGUCACACAUCGACCACAUGAAGGAAGGAAAUGCCAGGCUGACGAUGAAGGAUGUCAGCACCACUGAAGCCCUCGAGGAGCUAAUGGGCCUUCAGACCCACUCCAAGACAGAGAAAGAGCUGAUGGAGGUCAAGAUAAAUGAAAUGGAGGAGGACUUUAAAAAAAAAAAGGCAAGCUUAACUGCUGAGCUGUCCGAUGCUCAGUCACACAUCGACCACAUGACGGAAGAAAAUGCCAGGCUGACACAGAACCAAGUCAGCACAUCUGAGGUUUUCGAGGAGAUAAUGGGCCAAGAAGUCAGCACCUCUCAGGAUCUGGAAGAGCUCCAGAACAUUCAGACCCAGGUCAAGAAGGAGAAGCAUGAGAUGGAGGCCAAGAUGAAUGAGACAGAGGAGGACUUUAAAAAAGAGAAGACAACCUUAGGGACGGAGCUGUCGGUUGCUCAGUCAUACAUCGACCACAUGAAGGAAGAAAAUGCCAAGCUGACACAGAACCAAGUCAGCACCUCUGAAGUUCUCGAUGAGCUAAUGGGCCUUGAGACCCAGGCAAAGACGGAGAAGGAGGAGAUGGAGGCCAAGAUAAAUGAGAUUGAGGAGGACUUCAAAGAAGAGAAUACAACCUUAAGGACGGAGCUGACGGAUGCUCAGUCAUACAUCGACCACAUGAAGGAAGAAAAUGCCAGGCUGACGAUGAAGGAUGUCAGCACCUCUGAAGCCUUCGAGGAGCUAACGGGCCUGCAGACCCAGGCCAAGAUGGAGAAAGAGGUGAUGGAGGCCAAGAUCAAUGAGAUUGAGGAGGACUUCAAAGAAGUGAAGACAAGCUUAAGGAUGGAGCUGUUGGAUACACAGUCAAAUAUCGACCAUCAGAAGAAGGAAAAUGCAAAGUUGACGAUGAAGGAUGUCAGUACCUCUGAAGCCUUCGAGGAGCUAACGGGCCUGCAGACCCAGGCCAAGAUGGAGAAAGAGGAGAUGGAGGACAAGAUAACUGAAAUGGAGGAGGACUUUAAAAAAGAGAAGACAACCUUAGGGACGGAGCUGUCGGUUGCUCAGUCAUACAUCGACCACAUGAAGGAAGAAAAUGCCAUCCUGACACAGAACCAAGUCAGCACCUCUGAAGUUCUCGAUGAGCUAAUGGGCCUUGAGACCCAGGCAAAGACGGAGAAGGAGGAGAUGGAGGCCAAGAUAAAUGAGAUUGAGGAGGACUUCAAAGAAGAGAAGACAAGCUUAAGGAUGGAGUUGUCGGAUGCCCAGUCACACAUCGACCACAUGAAGGAAGGAAAUGCCAGGCUGACGAUGAAGGAUGUCAGCACCACUGAAGCCCUCGAGGAGCUAAUGGGCCUUCAGACCCACUCCAAGACAGAGAAAGAGCUGAUGGAGGUCAAGAUAAAUGAAAUGGAGGAGGACUUUAAAAAAAAAAAGGCAAGCUUAACUGCUGAGCUGUCCGAUGCUCAGUCACACAUCGACCACAUGACGGAAGAAAAUGCCAGGCUGACACAGAACCAAGUCAGCACAUCUGAGGUUUUCGAGGAGAUAAUGGGCCAAGAAGUCAGCACCUCUCAGGAUCUGGAAGAGCUCCAGAACAUUCAGACCCAGGUCAAGAAGGAGAAGCAUGAGAUGGAGGCCAAGAUGAAUGAGACAGAGGAGGACUUUAAAAAAGAGAAGACAACCUUAGGGACGGAGCUGUCGGUUGCUCAGUCAUACAUCGACCACAUGAAGGAAGAAAAUGCAAAGCUGACGAUGAAGGAUGUCAGCACCUCUGAAGUUCUCGAUGAGCUAAUGGGCCUUGAGACCCAGGCAAAGACGGAGAAGGAGGAGAUGGAGGCCAAGAUAAAUGAGAUUGAGGAGGACUUCAAAGAAGAGAAUACAAGCUUAAGGACGGAGCUGUCGGUUUCUGAGUCACACAACCAACACUUGAACAAGGAAAAUGCCAGGCUGACACAGAACCAAGUCAGCACCUCUGAAGCCCUCGAGGAGCUAAUGGGACUUCAGACCAAGGCUACAGCCAGUCAAAGGCAGACAUUGAACCUGCUGAGCCAAGAAGAUUUAGAGCUUUCCCAGAGCAAGAAGUGCUUUGAGAGAAAAUAUCAGGCCGUGGAAGAAACCCACGAGAAGGAGCUGACAGAGAAGGAGAACAGCUGUCAAAUAAGAGUGGCAGAGAUGGUGAGCAAGGACGAAAUGGAUAAGAUGUUUCUCCAAAGAGAAGCAGAGGAGAGACCUAGGACCAGCGCAGUUGAGGAGGAGAUCCAGCGGCUAAUCAGAGUGAAAAGGCAGCUACAGAUGCCUACCAGCAGAAAGCAAAAAAAGAAAUGGUGGAAGAGACGACUUCACCUCAGGAGGCAGCUACGACGAGCCAGAGCUACUACCUCCAAUAGACUGCUUCCAUUUUUCCUCGAUCAAAGAAGUGGUCCAUCUUACGACACUGUAAAAAUUACGAUGAAAGGUGGCAGCACCUCCAAACCCCUCGUGGAGCUAAUCGGCCUUCCUACCCAGGCCAAGACGGAAAAGGAGGAGACGGAAGCCAACAUAAAUGAGACGGAGGAGGACUUUAAAAAAGAGAAAACAAGCUUAAGGAUGGAGCUGUCGGUUGCUCAGUCACACAUCGACCACAUGAAAGAAGAAAAUGCCAGGCUGACAAUGAAAGAUGUCAGCACCUUUGAAGCCCUCGAGGAGCUAAUGAGCCUUCAGACCCAGGCCAAGGUGGAGAAAGAGGAAAUGGAGGCCAAGAUAACUGAAAUGGAGGAGCACUUUAAAAAAGAGAAGACAACCUUAAGGACGGAGCUGUCGAUUGCUCAGUCACACAUCGCCCUCAUGACGGAAGAAAAUGCCAGGCUGACACAGAACCAAGUCAGUACUUCUGAAGCUCUCAAUGAGCUAAUGGGCCUUGAGACCCAGGCAAAGACGGAGAAGGAGGAGAUGGAGGCCAAGAUAAAUGAGAUUGAGGAGGACGUUAAAAAAGAAAAGACAAGCUUAAGCAUGGAGCUUUCGGUUUCUCAGUCACACAACCAAAACCUUAACAAGGAAAAUGCCAGGCUGACACCGAAGGAAAUUUGCACCUCUGAAUCUCUCGAGGAGCUAAUGGGACUUCAGACGCAGGCCACAAGCAGUGAAAGGGAGACCUUGAACCUGUUGUGCCAAAAAGAUUUAGAGCUGUCCGAGAGCAAGAAGAGCUUUGAGAGUAAAUAUGUGGCCCUGGAAGAAACCUACAAGAAAGAGCUGACAGAGAAGGAAAACAGCUGUCAAAGAAGAUUGGCAGAGAUGGUGAGCAAGAACGAAUUGGAGAAAAUGUUGCUCCAAAGAGAAGCAGAGGACAGAUGUAGGACCAGUGCACUUGAGGAGGAAAUCCAGAAGCUAAUCAGAGAGAAAAAGCAGCCGCAGACGCUUACCAGCAGAAAGCAAGAAAAGAAAUGGUGGAAGAGACGACUUCACCUCAGGAGGCAGCUACGUCGAGCCAGAGCUACUACCUCCAAUAGACUGCUUCCCAUCUUCCUCGGUCAAAGUAGUGGUCCAUCUUACGAAACUGUAACAGUGACGAUGAAAGGUGGCAGCACCUGCGAACCCAUCGUGGAGCUAAUCGGCCUUCACACCCAGGCCAAGAUGGAGAAUGAGGAGGUGGAGACCAAGAUAAAUCAGAUGGAGGAUGACUUUAAAAAAGAGAAGGCAAGCUUAAGGACGGAGCUGUCGGCUGCUCAGUCACAAAUCGACCACUUGAAGGAAGAAAAUGCCAGACUGACACAGAAGCAUGUCAGCACCUCUGAAGUUUUCGAGGAGCUAAUGGGUCUUCAGACCCAGACCAAGAAGGAGAAGGAUACAAUGGAGGCCAAGAUAAAUGAGAUGGAGGAGGACUUUAAAAAAGAAAAGACAAGCUUAAGGAUGGAGCUGUCGGUUGCUCAAUCACACAUCGAUCAUUUGAACAAGGAAAAUGCCAGGCUGACACAGAAGCAAGUUACCACCUCCGAAUCCCUGAAGGAGCUAAUGGGCCUUCAGACGCAGCUCACAAGCAGUCAAAGGCAGACCUUGAACCUGCUGAUCGAAAAGGAUUUAGAGCUGUGCGAGAGCAAGAAGCGCUUUGAGAGUAAAUAUCAGGCCCUGGAAGAAACCUACAAGAAGGAGCUGACAGAGAAGGAGAACAGCUGUCAAAGAAGAGUGGCAGAGAUGGUGAGCAAGGACGAAGUGGAGAAGAUGUUGCUCCAAAGAGAAGCAGAGGACAAACGUCGGACCAGCGCACUUGAGGAGGAGAUCCAGCGGCUAAUCAGAGAGAAAAAGCAGCUGCAGGUAUGA